AUUCAUAUAUACUAAUGUAAUACAUAUAUGUAAUCCAACAAUCAGUUUCACUGUGGUACAUUUUAUAAUGUUUAAUCAUAUAUAGUCACGGGAACUAGAGUUUAUACACGGUCCUCGAAUAAAAUGUGUUUUGGAGCUCAAAAUAAAUAUAUUUGGGCUUGAUUAUUAAAGAACUUCGAAUAGAGCCAUGACGUUUCACAAAACCUUUGGUUACGGAUGCAUUGUAUUAAUAUGUUUUGAACUCCUGUUUGCUGGAGUUGAAACGUCCAGCGAAAAUGAUGAUGAAUAUUUAACACAGAAAGAAAUCAUAUUAGAAAAGUCAUAUCACGGUUUAAUUCGAGAAAAUGAAACACUUGUAGAAAUAACUCCCCUUAUUAAAGUGAACGAAGAGAAAAUUUGUAACUUCCAUAUUCUCAAAAAACCGUAUCACGAAAUUCCAUUUAAGAUUGAACUGGUAAAUAACCUAGGUAUUUUAAAAGCACGUCGGACACUAAAUUGCGAGAAUCGUAAAAGUUAUCACUUUGAAAUCUGUGCAAUCUAUUGUGAUGGAACACCUUCAAAUACAGCCAAUGUUCAUAUUACUGUUAUCGACGUAAAUGAGUAUGCUCCAACAUUCUUAGAACCGUCUUACGUAAUUGAAGUAGACGAGGGAAGACUUUAUAACGAGAUCCUAAGAGUCGAAGCUUCCGAUAAAGACUGCACUCCGCUCUUUGGUGAUGUUUGCAAAUAUGAGAUUCUUAACAAUGAUGAACCAUUUUCAAUAGAUAACGAAGGUUCAAUUAAAAACACUGAACCACUUUCUCACAAAGCUUCUCAUAACCACAUUCUGUCCGUGGUUGCCUAUGAUUGUGCAAUGAAAGAAUCUGCACCCAUUAUGGUCAGCAUUAAAGUUCGACGCGUUUGUGAAACAAAGUUUGUAGGCAUGCCAGAACGCAUUGACUACACGUCUGGAAGCACCGAAAGCCUUCAAUUGUUUCCCAAUGCUCGCCUAGACUUAUGUGACAUUUCUUGCAAAAAUGAAGAAGACCUUAGGAUUCAUUCUUCCAUAGCCCUUAAGACAAAGCACAUCUCAUUUGGGUGCGAUCGGGAUAUAUCUAAUUGCACUUCAGGCCAAAAAGUGAAAGACCUUUUGCCACAUGGGGCAGAAUGGACUAAAGAGUUAAGUUAUGACGAAGGUCUAGAACCCAUAUUUCACUUUGAUGGGUCUACUGGAGUAGUAGUUCCUGCAACUGUUAUUGAUCAUUACGAUUUUUCAUCGCAACCUUUUAGCAUUCUUACCUUAUUUCGACACAACAGUCAGGUUGAAAUUAAUAAACAUGUAAAGGAGCAUAUUGUCUGCAGCGCGGACGACCACAAAAUGAACCGUCAUCAUAUGGCACUAUUCGUUCGCAAUUGUCGCCUUAUUUUUUUAUUAAGAAAAAAUUUUAACGAAGGUGAUUUAAAUAUCUUUAGUCCUGCUGAAUGGCGUUGGAAAAUACCGGAGGUCUGUGACAACGAAUGGCAUCACUAUGUUCUCAAUGUUGAAGAUUCGUCCAAAGUAGAUUUAUUUAUUGACGGCGUACGUUUCGAAAAUUCUAUUGAAAAUCGUCAUAGCAACCCAGAAGUAAUUGACGAUUGGCCCUUACACGCAGCCCACGGAGUAAAUACUUCCUUAGCUAUUGGUGCCUGUUACCAAAGCUUGGAAAAUAGACUUAAACAUGGCUUUAAUGGAGAUAUUUCAGAAGUGAAGGUCUCCCUCAACAGUGUUUUGACGGCAGAGGACAUUAAAUGUGGAACAACUUGUGCCGAGCAUUUAUUAGCUCCAAAGCCGCUGCAAAGUAACAAUGAAAAAUCGUAUUCUGAUAACAGCCAGAUUAAAGAAAACAUUGAAAUGAACGAAAUUUAUAUUUCGGCGAAAAACAAACAUGAUAUUGAACAAUUUAUGCGAAAAGUUCAGUAUAUUAAUACUAAACAAAAGCCCACGGUAGGACGUCGAAACAUAGAAGUGCUUACAACACUGAAUUGUAAAAAUGAAAGUUCCCUUCGCUUACCGCCAAUUGAGACUUAUAUCAUGGUUAACGAACCGAUAGCUCCACUCGGGAUCGAUAUUGAUGUCGUCUCAGCGUCGCUGGAAACCUCCGAUCUAACUCCGCCAUCGUAUUCCCCCAAAAUAGCAAUAUCUGGAACUUCAAACAAGCUUGUAUCAUAUCAAGAAAUUAAAUUGGGCGUACACAUUUUGGAAAAAACUUGCAUUGACUCGGUAUCUAAAAACAAUGGAAAAUUAGAAGAGAAAAAUCAUAUCGACUCAUGCAGCGUCGUUGUAUUUCCCUCUUUGAAUCCCGAUCAUGAAGACAUUAAAAUAGAUGGUGACGAGUCAUUGUCAUCUAGCAUGGACAUUAAGACUAAUAUUAAUAAGGAUGGAGUCGAAAUGAUUGGAAAGGAUACCAUUAGCAAUUAUAUAAAUGUAUUACGAUCUCUUGUAUACAGUAACAAAAAACCUGCAUAUUAUCUUAACCGUGUAUUUAAGCUUUCUUGUGCCCAACAAAGUUCCCAGUACAAAAGCGGUGAAUAUACACUAACACUUACUGUGUUGCAUCCUAAACAGACAUUGUUUAAGUCUACAAAUGUACUCCCUUCAUCGUUAUCUAAAGUAAACUUUAUUGGCAACACCGAUAAUGAAACAUCAUUUCACCGGAAUAGUGGUUCGGUAAAUGGCAAUGAUAAUAAUCAGCCAACAGAGUCUAAGGUAUAUUCAUAUUCCCUUCUGCAUACCAAUAAUGUGCAAGAACCAAAAUCUCACAUUCAUUCUUUCAUACACAAAGCUGAAGGGUCACAUGUUACAAUGCUUAUAAUUCUUGUAAGUGUUUUUUUGGCGGUCUUACUUUGUGGAGUCUCGAUUGCACGUUUAAAAAACAACCAAAAAUAUAUUGAACACCAUCAACCAUGUCCAAAAAUUUCUGAUGAUGGUUUAAUUUGGGAUGACUCAGCUUUGACUAUAACUAUAAAUCCCAUGCAAGCAGAUGUUACAUCGGACGCGAGUUCUGAAUCAGAAAAUUCUGAAUCUGAAGAUGAAGAAGCUUUAAAGGACGGAUUCACUCACAUCAAUCAACUCGAAUGGGAUAACUCUAAUAUUUUCCAACAGUAAAUAACAUAAUGAAUAUUUUUCUCAACACUGGUACUAAAAUAUGUAAAUGUGCUUAAAAAUAUAAACCACUAAAUCAACAAAUAUGCAGAAGUUAUAAAUGAGUUCCAAAGAGUCUGCAUAUAUGGCUGCAGGCAUAAUUGUAAAGACGUGCAUUUAUAGUUUUUUUUGCAACAAAAAACAUUUUUCUUGCAAUUGUUUAAUUGUAAAAACUAAGUCAGUGAAAGUGCAUAACACAUCAUAUGAAUGUACGUAAAAUAAUAGCGCAAACAAAAAUAUAGCUAAGGUAUAGUACAAUUAUUAUGUAACCAGCGUCGCUAGAUCCAUAAAUAAUAAAAGCUAUAGGCAUACAAAUAUACACAUAAGAUCUAUUUAAUUUAUAGUUUGUCAGCCCUCACCUUAAGAUGUAAAAUGCACAUGUCUACCAAAUUUCAACUGAAUUCUGUCGCAAUGCAUAGGAGGAAGUUUCUCCGUCCCAAUAAUUUAAGCCUAAUAAUAAAACAUAAAAAAAAUUUGAAAUGGAUCGUAAUACCCAAACAAUGUUGACUUAUUUAAUAAAGCUAAAGUUGUCAUUGAUUUAUUAUUUUUUCAAGUAUACAACUUAGAUUAAGGAACAUAUCGAAGCUAUAAAAAAUUUAUUUUCAACCGACCAUAAACUUGUGAAAUUGUACUUUUAAAAUAGAAUUUUUAAUUGGUUUAUUUAAUGGUACUAUUUAUUGAAACAUAAUUAGUUUCCAUUUUGAAUGGCGACAUAUAUACAAAGGAAGCAAAAAAUAAAGCUUUUUCGUCAAAGGUAAAAUUCCAUAUUUAGUUUUAAUAAAUAUGCAGGAGCUAUUUUGACUUCAAUGCAAAGCAAUCGAUGAGACAUUUCCGACAAAUGGAAAAUAUAUUAUAGACGACAUAUAAUUAUACCCGUUACUCGUAGAGUAAAAGGGUAUACUAGAUUUGUUGAAAAGUAUGCAACAGGCAGAAGGAAGCGUUUCCGUCUAUAUAUAGUGUAUAUAUUCUUGAUCAGGAUCAAUAGCCGAAUUGAUCUAGCCAUGUCCGUCUGUCCGUAAGAACGUCGAUAUCUCAUGAACUAUAAAAGCUAGAAGGUGGAGAUUCAGCAUACAGAUUCUAGAGGCGCAGCGCAAGUUAGUUUACCCUUGUUGAUACGCCCAUUUUAAAGCCCACAAACCGCACAAAUCUGUCACGCCCACACAUUUGAGAAACGUGUUGAUAUUUUUCGCGUUUUUAUUAGACUUGUAAAUUUCUAUCAAUUUGGAAAAACAAUUUUUUGCCACGACCACUCUAACGCCGCCAAACCGGUCACGCCCACACUUUGGAAAAUUUUAAAAUUUUUUUCGAAUUUUAUUCUCCAAUAUCAAUUGAUAUCCAAGAAAAAUUAUAAAUUAUAUAUCGACUAUAGCAUUUUGUUCUGUUUUGUUUAUAAUUUGGAAAAAAUUUGACGCUUGUUUUGUCAUAUAUAUUUGCUGCAGGGUAAAAAGCAUUAGCUCGUUGAAAACUUUCUUCCUUGUUGAAUUGAUCAAAGUUUUGACACUCAGAUUUAGUUGACCCGAUCAACUUGUUGCUGCAGAUGUUUGAUGCGAAAGUAGUGGCUCUUCAGUACUAAUUCCAAGACGCAGAGAAAAACCAUUUUCAACGAUAUCGAUCUGAAUAUUUUCGAACUCAAAAUUUUUGACAAUCGAUCAUUUCUUUAUCGAUAAUGAGAAAAUGUCUACUUGCUAGACCUGAUCUUGAUUUCAAAUGCCAAUCCAAAAUUACAUAUAAAUUUUCUACAAAAUCUUAUAGUGGGUUUAGGAUUUGUAAAUUUAUUGUAAAUCAAAUUUACUUAGUCUAAAUACUCAGCAAAAAAAAAAAACACAUUGCUGUUGAAAUUUAAUUUUAUAAAAAGAAAUGUUCAAAACAAAGGUAGGUCACAUACUUGAUUGAUGUUGCGCAUGAUUGGCUUGUUAAACUUCUGAUGAAGUUUGAUCUUUUUAAGACCCCCGGCAACUAUAGAAAUUUUUUUCUACUUCACUGCGUACAAACAUAUGUUUGACUAUUAAAUUAGGAUAACAUAAAAUGCACACACACAAAAUAAAGCAAAGCUUUAAAUAGGGUAUAAAAAUUGCAUAUUGAAUAUGAAUAUAUGAACACAUUCCCACAACCAACAUCACAAAUAUAGUAAUACUUACUUGCGGUGCGAAUGGGUUUUUACACUUAUAUUUUUCACUUUUCGGACAAAGAUAACAAUACGUUUAUCUACGAUCGAACAGCCGACAUGUAGAAGUUCUAAUAUUAAUUUUUGUGUCGAAACAUGAUUUCGCGUGUACACUAUAAAAAUGUAAUCAUUCAGCCUAAAAAUAGGCCUGGAGAAAUCGAAUUCAAAGGGAAUGGAAGGAAAAAACGAAACCGAAAAAUCUACCUGGCGCGUGUAAGGGUAUAUCCGACCAUAACGAUGCCUUGUAAUUAGAAAUUAAUAGAACAUAAACUUUUUAACAAUAAAACAAAGCAUAUUGCAGCAGUUUUUGAAAGGGUAUUCAGAGCUACACUUUAUUUCUUAUAAAAAACUUUUUUCAAAGUCUGGAGGGGAAUAUAAUCAGCUACUUGCUUUUAACAGACAACAAAUGACUAACAACGAGCUCUGAACAGAAAUUGUUAAGUUAUCAAAACCUACACGACCAUGAGCGACAAUGCCCAUUAACAUUUAAGUUAAACCCUAAAACCACACUACACUACAUCACAUUAACCAUCCGUAAGUCACUUUAGCUUUGAACCGGAAAAACCAUUUAGCGGUGUUCCACUCAAGUAGAUGAUUUGUUUUAGGCUGCUUCGUUUAGCUUCAAAAUUCAGCAGGAGUUCGCUGCUGCUAUAUUGUUUGAAUCUAUUUUUUGAACCCAGAGUAAGAGAUGACAUACGUAUAAUUCCUGGUUUCAUUCCCUUCUGUUUUAGCUGCUCACACGACUUCGAAUUC